AUGACAACCAAGCCGGUCAUUUGGGGGACGGCGGGACCGUGUCAGUUCGCUCGUGCUAGACUAGCCAUGUUUGAAGGAGACUUCAAACUUGCCGAGCUCUUGUUCCAAAAGGCGCAAAGCAUAUGGCUCACGGGCAACAGUUCCAAGACUUCGGACUUCUACGCGGCUACAAUCUACCGCAUGGGAUGUUGCGCGCUACUCGAAGGAGAAGUGGAACGAGCUACGAAACAUCUCCAAGACGCGAUUGCAAUUACAUCAUUGCGAAAAGACAUCCAGGUGGGAGAGCAUGCUCGCUGUCUCUACAAGCUUUCAGAGGCUCUCUAUCAGAUACCUGGUCGUGAACUGGAAGCGGACAGGUUGCUCAAAGAAGCCGAGGAGCUCUACUGGAAGCGUGUCGAAAAGCCAAAAGGUGUUUCUGAGGAGGACCACGCAGAGUACGAAGUACCACAAAUUCAUCCGCAAGAAGAAGAUUACGACUCUCUGGUCUAUAUGUUAUGGCGCUGA